CAUCCUUACCUCCGUUCGCCCACCAUCUUGAACCAGAGGGGUACCAUCAUGUCUCGUCCUGCGCGGGAUGCUGACUACUCCCGGCGUUCGAUGUGUCUCGCCUUCGCUCGAGGGCAAUGCAAUCGUCAAGCCUGCUCGUUCAGCCACACACUGAUCGACCCGACUCGGUUGCUGCAGCUUGUUCGCGACGCCCCGCACAAUGUGAAUGCACGGGCGCGACCAUACGAAUCGGCUUCUAUCACAAUGGAGUUCCGCGCUAUUGGUGGAGGCCCAGGGGAGUGGACGAUCAAUCUACGCAACGUCGAACGCAUCACUCUCGACGACAAGGUAUACAACGUCAACGCAGGAGUAUACAAUCCCAAGGUGGCAAAAGCGACCAGCCUUCUCGAGGCGGUGAAGGAGCUUGAGAAGAGCAUUUUUGGCCGCGUUGCUCCGGUUCCAUGGAAGCCUGGUGAUCCCAAGGCUACCCUCUGCAAGAGUAUGGCCGAUAACAGCUGCCAGAAGGAUUGUCAAUGCCGCAACAGCCACGACUUGAUUGAUAUUACCGUUGUCGAACGCCUUCUGCGGGAGUACGGCCAGAGACCGCGCGCUCUCCGAUCGCCGACCUACAUCUCCUAUGGGAAACAUGACAGCCCCAACUUCUUCUGGAUGGUCUCUCAGUUGAAUUCAGACAUGCUUAGCGAACCCAUCACUGCCGGCGAUCAUCUCGCGACCGUCAUGGGACAGCUCGUAACGUACUUGAGAUCUAUUCUCAAUGCCUCGGCCCGCACAGUUCCUAGCCAGCAGUAUCGAAGUCCCGCGAUGACGACAGCAAGGCCAUCGAGCUCAACGCAUCGGGAAGCCCCUCCUCCCUAUUCCGAAAUUGCUGGUUCGGGUCCAUCUCGUGGCUCAGCGGCUUCACGAACGGCCUCGCAAGGGGCGUCUAAAGAAUCUUCGAGGCUCCUCGCGUCAGCAGCUCCGACUCCGAGUUAUCAUUCCGUUGUGUCCCCGUCUUCGACCUCGCGGUCAUCUACUUCAGCGUCCACUAAUUCUGCCCAGCAGAGCUCCACAAAUGGCCUUGCGAAGUCCUCUGCCUUUGAGGUCAAUGUCAAGGUGAAAGCGAGCGCGACUGGGCCAGCUGGACCCUCUUCCACUUCCGAAGUGCGCUCUAGCCACACCAUCACGACAUCAUCGGCGGUUGUCAAAGUCGACGUUGGUGUCAAGACAACGACGACUUCGCCUAUGGCGUCUCCCUCCACCCCUGCACCGUUUGUGAAUCAGCUCACCAAGCCGCCGACUGCGGUGGUGAAAGUCGAUGUCAAGGUCAACGCUGGUCCGGCUUCUCCGUCACCAUCCAGCUAUUCCUCGACUAGCUCCGCUUCGACGUCUAAUCAUGCGCAUCUAACGACGUCUGCAACUACUCGCGUCAGUCUCCCUGCGAAGCCACCUCCGAGUCGUACCGUCGCGAGCUCUCGACAGCCUCAAUACGGGGCAACGUCGUACAGUUCGGUGGGAGUACGCACGCCGUCGAUGCACGCGUCCAACUACGUGCAGCAGAGCGUGACGUGCUUGCCACCGCCGGUGACCGCCAGACCCUCGUACGCCGCCACCGCCACCUACACUUCGUCCUGUACCCACUCCCAUUCGCGGCGCCGGGAUCAGAAUGAAGCAGCAAUCGUGGCGAUAGCAUGCGUCAUCUUUUUCCUGCUACUGCCCUUAACUGCUGCCGGCGUUAUAUUUUGGCCUACCAUAUGGCAGGCUCUUGCAGAGGCUGGGGAAGCCUUCGUUGCGGCGUGCGUUUCGGUCCUCCAAGGUCUCGCUGGCUUAGCCAUUCUUGCCGCCCUGUGCGCAGCCGUAUAUGCAGGCGGCGCUCCCGCUCUAGCUCUCAUAUGCUGUUGUAUGUUUUGUGUUUAGGAGAUAACUGCACGACUCUCGAGUUUAGUAUGUCGGACGCAUCACUAGGAAUAUAAUACUGGUGUAGGGGAGUGGUUUGCAGAUAUUCUGUGGUAACAAUC